AUGUCCUUCGGAUUUUUUCUACUGUAUAUAAUAUUUACUGUUGUAACGACAGUAACAAAAGCUGAGGAUCCUUACUUCUUCUAUACGUGGAAACUAACGUACGGCACAAUCUCACCGCUCGGAGUUCCUCAGAAAGCUAUUCUGAUCAACGAAAAAUUUCCUGGUCCGAAUCUCAAUACAACUACCAACAACAACAUCGUCAUUAAUGUCUUCAACAAUCUCGACGAGCCAUUCCUCUUCACUUGGAGUGGAAUGCAACAUAGGAAGAACAGUUGGCAAGACGGUAUGCCCGGAACUACGUGUCCGAUUCCGCCGGGUACAAAUUUUACAUACCAUUUCCAAUGCAAGGACCAGAUCGGUAGUUACUUUUAUUACCCAAGCUUAGGUCUUCAACGUGCGGCCGGAGGAUUCGGUGGCCUACGAGUCAACAGCCGGCCGCUCAUUCCGGUCCCAUACGCUGAUCCAGAGGACGACUACACAGUUCUUAUCGGCGAUUGGUACACUAAAACACACAUAACUCUCAAGAACAUUCUUGAUAGCGGCCGGUCAAUCGGACGGCCUGAAGGAGUUUUGAUCAAUGGGAAAUCAGGAAAACCGGAUGGAACCGGUGAACCGAUUUUCACGAUGAAACCGGGAAAGACUUACAAGUACAGGAUUUGCAAUGUGGGUGUGAAGAUGGCGUUGAAUUUUAGGAUUCAGAACCAUAAGUUGAAGCUUGUGGAGUUAGAAGGAUCUCACACUCUGCAAGACUCGUAUGACUCGCUUGAUCUUCACGUUGGUCAGUGUUUUGGUGUUCUUGUGACCGCUGAUCAAGAACCUAAAGACUAUUACAUGGUUGCGUCCACACGGUUCCUCAAAUCAGUCCUUACUUCCACAGCUAUUCUUCGUUAUGAGGGAGGUAAGGGUGCAGCAUCUCCUGAGCUUCCUAAACCUCCGGUGGGUUGGGCCUGGUCACUGAACCAAUUCCGAUCAUUCAGAUGGAACCUAACCGCAAGUGCAGCUAGACCGAACCCUCAAGGUUCGUACCACUACGGUAAAAUCAACAUCACACGGUCCAUAAAACUGAUCAACACGGCAGGGAAAGACGAGGGAGAAAAGCUCAGGUACGCGCUUAGCGGAGUGUCACACGUGGACACGGACACGCCGGUCAAGCUGGCUCAGUAUUUUGGUAUAGCCGAAAAGGUGUUCAAGUAUGACACGAUCAAGGACGAGCCGACCAGUGUCGAGACUAGUAAGAUUUUGGUGCAGCCGAAUGUUCUGAACAUCGAGCACCGUUCGUUUGUGGAGAUUGUGUUUGAGAAUCAUGAAAAGACUGCACAGUCUUGGCAUCUUGAUGGAUACUCUUUCUUUGCUGUCGCGGUUGAGCCAGGGAAGUGGACACCAGAGAAAAGGAAGAACUAUAAUCUAUUAGACGCAGUGAGCCGACACACAAUCCAAGUUUAUCCCAAGUGUUGGGGAGCCAUCUUGUUGACUUUCGACAACUGUGGAAUGUGGAAUAUUCGGUCCGAGAUCCUCGAGAAACGUUACUUAGGUCAACAGCUUUAUGCUAAUGUCGGCCCAGCGGAACUUUCCCAGAGAGACGAAUACAGUUUUCCAGCAAACGGUAUUCGUUGUGGCCUUGUCAAGGACUUGCCUGAUCCUCAGCCGCCCAGGAACUCGGUUUGA